GUAAUGAUCCUCCAUACAUCCACGUGUUUAAACCUCUCUGAGUCCAUCGGCGGGACUCUGACGUCACGCGUGUUUGACGCUUUUGUGUGCGGCGUGAGUGACCCCGCAGCUUGGUCCCGCAGCUCAGACCGCAGUAGAGCCGCUGCGGGAGUCUCUGCUGCCUCUGGACCCGGGACUCCUCCGGAUCGAUCAUCUGUAUAUCUAUCGAUCUGUGCAGCUGAUCAGAGGAAGAAACGCGGCGAGUCUCCAGUCGAUCCUGCAGGUAUAAAGACGACCUGGUCAUGAGUCUGAGCACCAACGACCUCACUGAGCUCCUGGAGCUGUGGGCGGAGCUAAACCUGACGGCCGGUGACCAUGACAACCUGUCGCAGGUGGAGACGCUGCGGUGUUCGGGCGCCAUCAGCCACGCCGCGCUGCUGCACGUCCUGUCCGUCCUCUACAUCUUCAUCUUCGUGUUGGGCCUCGCCGCCAACGUGUUGGUGUUCUGGGUGAACCUGCGGGGGGGGCGGAGCCGCCAUGAGACGCACCUGUACAUCGUGCAGCUGGCGGCGGCGGACCUGAGCGUGCUCGCCACGCUGCCGGUGUGGGUGGCGUCGCUGCUGCAGGGCGGCCGCUGGCCGUUCGGUGAGAUCGUUUGUAAGCUGACUCACCUGAUCUUCAGUGUCAACCUGUUCGGCAGCAUCUUCUUCCUCACCUGCAUGAGCGUGGACCGCUACCUGUCCGCCACGCUGCUGGCCGACGCCCCCGACGGCCGCAGGAGGCGGGUGCUGCGGCGGCUGGUGUGCGUGUUGGUGUGGCUGCUGGCGCUGGCGGCAUCCGUCCCCGACACCUACUUCCUGCAGGCGGUGAGGUCGUUGCAGGCAGAUGGCGCUGUGUGCCGGCCGGUGUACCCGCCCGCCAGCGCUCGGGCCUGGAUGGCGGCGGUGCAGCUGAGCUUCAUCGUGCUCGGCUUCGCCGUGCCGUUUCCCGUCAUCGCCGUGUUCUCGAUGCUGCUGGCGGCGGCGCUGCCGCCCGGCUCGGACCAGGAGCGCCGCGCCAGCCGACGGAUCGUCCUCGCCUACAUCGUGGUGUUCGUGGCGUGCUGGCUGCCGUAUCACGCCGUGCUGCUGGUCGACACGCUGGCGCUGCUCGGCACGCUGCCCUUCAGCUGCCGGCUGGAGAACUUCCUGGACGUGGCGCUGCACCUGACGCAGUGCUGCUCGCUGCUGCACUGCUGCAUUAACCCCGCCCUCUACAGCCUGCUGCACCGCAGCCGCCGCCGUGACAUCAUCAAGGCCGUCUUCUUUAGGUACUCCGCCAAGACCGGCCUCGCCAGGCUCAUCCACGCCUCGCACGCCUCCGACAGCGAGUCAGCGCUGACCGCCGAACACAUGUGACCCAACUCUUCUUCUGCUGCCGCCAGAGGCACAAACAUGAUCAUCAGAAAGUCCUCUGACCUCUGACCUCUGACCUCUGACCCGAUCAGUGUGACCCUCUGCAGAUUGAGUCUCAUCGCAAACAGGAAGUUGAUUAAACACGAAGCUGAACUUCAUGUUACAACAUCAAUAAUAAUAUUGAUCAUAAUAAAUCAGAAACUUUAUUGACCUGUAACGAGGAUUUCUUCUUCUACUGCAACAUGUUUGUCAGUUGACAGUCAGCUGAUCAGAGGCCUGAACCAGGAAGCAGGAGGUAACUUCAGGUGUAACUCCGGGUUUCAUCACCAUGGUAACAGGUUAACACCCCGACCGCUGACCAAUCAGAUCACUGGAAAUAAAGAGUCAUCGUUCUACAGGACAAAAGUCUGAGUUACAACAAAGUGACUUUUUAAAAAGAUCAAUAUAUAUUUUUAUAGAUCAGUAGAAACAUUUUAUUGUUUCGUGUUUCUAGUUUUAAAUCUGAGCUUCUAACAAACGGACUAAACACAUAUUUUAAUAGUUUAACAGUGAUUUCACUCUCUGAUUCAUCAGACAACUGCAGAUAAACACCAGAGAUCAAUAAUCCUCACUGUUAAUUGGCUCCAUGAUUAUAAAUCAUCAGUCAUUAAAUACUUUUACAGUAUUAAACAGUAAUAAUACUCCCUCUAUACUUCAGUCAUAUAGAAUCAUUCCUACAUGUAUUUGAUUUAUUUAUGAUUUCUAGUGUUUGUUGUGUGAUUUCAGGCUCGUUAACAGCUUCAUAGUUCUGGUUCUGGGUGACGGUCGUUAGACUCACUGGAUGUGUUUCUGACUUCAUCACACCACAGAAGAAGAAAAGUGUCUGUUGUUCUGUAAAUAUGUGAAAUCUGUUUAUAUUCUGUGAAUAUUUGUAUUUGAUGUUAACGUCUAAACGAUCUGCAUGAAAUAGUUCAAUAAAAACAGUGAAAUGA